CAGGGACUUCCUGCUUUGAGGUCUCUCGCGCUGUGAAAACUGGGAAGUGAGCCGCGGAUUUGCUGCUGCGCGCUGUUCUGAGCCGCGUUUCACGCAAAUCGUCAGCUCCUGGAGUCCCUGCACCUUGAGCCUGCGGUAGUUGCUGUUGCUUCGCUCCUGAGGUUUUUUAACAUGUCUAUUUUCUUCAAAAUGAAUGUUAGCAUUGUUUUCUUAAGAUCUCAUGCCAGGUGUUUGGUGCCAUUUACCCUUCCUAGGAAGAGAAGGGAUUUAUAUUCAACAAUUCUGCAGAGACAUAUGUCUUCCAAAAUACCAGCUGUAUCUUAUCCUGAUAAGGAUAAUGCAUCCCCUCCUGCACAGCUAGAAUUGGAUGGGUGGAAAACUACAAUGAAAUCUAGUGUGCAAGAAGAAGCUGUUUUCACAGUCCCAAGUAACAAGGAUGAAGAUACACCUGCUGCUACCAGAAGAUUAAUUGAGAUGUGGAGAUUGCUUGGGAGAAAUGUACCAGAACACAUCACUGAAGAAGAGCUCAAGAACAUCAUGGAAUGUGCCUCUAAGAAAUCAAAACAAAAAUACUUAAAAUUUUUGUAUAUUAAAGAAAAUCUGAAGAAAGCUAAGCAAAAUAAAAAGGAAAUGAAAGCAGCAAAGAAAGAAGCAAAAAAGGCCCAGCUGUUAGAAACCACUGAGGAAGAUGAACAGCAAAACGUUCUAUUUCUUCGACUUUGGAACAUAAAGGAAACAAUUGCCAUGGGUUGGAAGGGUGCCCAGGCUAUGCAGUUUGGACAACCUUUGGUUUUUGAUAUGGCUUAUGAUAAUUAUAUGAAACCAGAGGAACUGAAUAAUACUAUUCGCCAACUUUUAGAAAGUGAAGGAUGCAACAGAAGAGAUGUUGACCCUUUUCAUAUUUACUUCUGCAACCUUAAACCAGAUAGUGCUUACCAUAGAGAGUUAGUUAAAAGGUAUGGGAAAAAAUGGGACAAAUUGUUUUUAACAGCAACAGAAAAGUCAUAUGUAGAUUUAUUUCCAAAGAACAAUAUCAUAUAUUUAACUGCAGAUUCUCCCAAUGUUAUGACUACUUACAAGCAUGACAAAAUUUAUAUUGUUGGGUCAUUUGUUGAUAAGAAUAUGCAGCCAGGUAUCUCCCUAGCCAAAGCAAAACGAUUAAACCUGACAACAGAAUGCCUUCCAUUAGAUAGAUAUUUACAGUGGAGCACUGGUAACAAAAAUCUUACCUUAGAUCAAAUGAUGCGUAUUUUGUUAUGUUUGAAAAACACAGGUAAUUGGGAAGAGGCUAUGAAGUUUGUUCCCAGGAGAAAACAUACUGGUUUUCUAGACAUUUCUGAGCAUUCUCGAGGGUUUGUCAACAGAUUAAAGAAGGCAAAGACUUUUAAUUCGUUCCCAAAGCAUACUUUUAAGUAGAAAGACAGAAAGUUGGCGUAAAUGAGAAAAUUUGAUAGCUUAAAAAGUAAGUGGAAUGAAACUAUAGUUGUAUUUUUCAAUGGAAAUAUAGUUCUAUUAGCAUAUUUCUUUCCAAAAUGGAACUCAUCUUUUUCUUUGAAAGGUGUUUCCACUGGGGAUGUGGCUCAGUGGCACCUCGCCUGCCUGGCAAGCACUAGGUACUGAGUUUGAUCCCUGGUACCGCAAAAAAAAAAAAGGUGUUUCCAAACUAAGUCUUUGCCCAAUUACUUAAAUCAGAACUUUGAGAAUGUAUUUUGUUUAUGAUAGACAUUUAAUAAUCAGAAAUUAUCCAUGUUGGUUUAAUGGAAUAAUCUUUACAUGAGGCCAAUAAAAAGUUGUACCAUUGGUGUGACUUUUGAA